GUAGACGUCACGGGGAAUAGGAUCGAGCAUUACAUUCAUCCGGAUGAUGUACAGAGAUUCAGUCAGUUUCUCUCGAUGGUGUAUUAUGAAGCAGAGCAGAGCAGCACGAAUUUACGUAUCAAGUCAACAUUGGCAAAACGAAUUACCAAGGAAUCAUUACGUUCUACAAUUGGCUUCAAGGCAAGUUGCAGUGAAGCUACUGCCUCAAGCACAUUUUUCAAAGCUGCAGAAUAAACGAGUUUAUUUGGACAUGGGUGCAUAA